AUGGCUCCUUCAAGAAUGGAGCUUCGGCUUCUUCUUGAAGCUGCUGCUUGCAGCACGGGUGCUACUGACGUGGUUUCAUGGGAGAUCGAAAAAAAUGAUUCUUUCUCGAUUAAUUCUUGCUAUCACUUUUUGCAGGUUUUCUCCUUAGUUCCUGAUUUAUUAAAGGUCAAAUUCCAUUCCUUAUGUAACUUGAAAAAACUAAUCAUAAAAAAGAAACCACUUGAAUAUGAAGUAUACAAGGCGUUGUUAAAAAGCAAAUUAGAACAAGUACCUGCUGCCUCACAGAAAGAAGUUGCUAAUUUACGUGAAGCAUUUAUACAUGCUUUUGGGUUGUUGUGGAAAUUGGAAGUUCCGUUUAAAAUCAAGGCCUUUGGGUGGAGACUUUUUCUCGAUAGGCUUCCGGUGAAAGAUUUGUUGAAGACUCGAGGUAUUUCUAUUCCUUUGGAUGAUUUAAAGUGCUUGUUUUGUGGUAAUAGUUCGGAAUCUAGUCCUCAUUUAUUUUUUAGUUGUUUGGUGGUGCAAAAUAUUUGGAGUGAGAUAGCUAAUUGGGUUGGUAAAGGGGAUAAUAUAGAUGUCGAGUGUUUGUCGAAUUUUAUGGAUUGGCACUUGUUUUUCGGUAGUAAAAAAGUUAAAGUUAGGAAAUUGGGAGUGGUUUGGCUUGCCACCACUUGGACUAUUUGGUUGGUGAGGAAUGAAGCUUGUUUUCGGAAGGAAGCUUGGAAUGUGAAUAAUACCGUGUGGAAUAUUAAGCAUUUGGUCUGGAGGUGGUCUUUUUGCGGGAAAAUUACACACCCCAAUUACUCUUUCUACGAGUUUUGUAAGGAUCCCUUGCAUUUUUUGUCGUAG